AUGAAGCUACCCUGCCGACACGCGAUGACAUUCAAGAGGGACAUCGGAAGUGCGUUUAUCAUCCCAUUUUCAGCGAUUCAACCGAGAUGGUUUGGACAGAGCCGAAUUCGCAUUGAAGAUAUCGCAGAGCUCGCGACUCCGUUCGUGGCAAAGAUCUUCAAGACAGAGACGGAUGACUUGGAACGCCCUCUCAGCGAAAAAGAAAACGCUAUGUCUCAGUUUGACACCUGGUGGCACGACAUGCGUCACGGCAAUGCUAGCAUGAUCGCUACGCGCAAAGACACUAGUGACGACAAGAUGGAUGAUGAUGAGGACGAUUCGGGUGCUGCUGCUGGAUCUGUUGGUGGAAGUACGCCUUCGCCUAAAGAGGGGGUUAACGAAGGUUACACGAGAUCUACGUCGCCCGACAGUGAUGGGGACUCAGCCACCCCUACUCAAGUGGCUGACUCACCGGUGGGCAGCGUCGAAAUACGGCUAAAUGGGUCAGCCCCUAAGGUCGGACGACCGCGGUUGAAAUGUACUAAGCUGAAACAACAAGCCAAAGCCGCCCUGAAAGAGUACAACCAAGGCAUGCGUCUCCGCGGACUUCUACGAGAUAAGGAUGUGUAUGAAAUAGUGGCUUGCCUGCAGGAAAUACGCCCUGCGUUGCAUGAGGUUACCUCAUUUAUGAAGACCUACCAUGUUCAUGAAGUCAAACGGGCAUCUAAUUUUACGUGA